GUUUUCUCUCAGAUGCGCUUAGAGCGCACCGGAGUGUAGAUCAGGGGAAGGGAAGGGGCUUGCCGGUAGCUACAGUAGUUAGUAUAUGAACACAAAUUUAAAAAGCACAUUGAGUAGCAAGACACGGUUGUCACUGGGAAACCGCCAUCGGACACGUUCCGGUCACCAUUGUGUGCCAGGAGAGUCUUGGUGGCGUUUCAGAGGUGUUCCUUCUUACAAAGCGGCGUGCCGGGGGAGGACGCGUCUCUUUGAAUAGACAGGAUGCACGGACCGCCUUCCAGCGACAGCGCAUGCCCAUUGCGCCUCAUCAAGAGAGUGCAAUUCGGCGUCCUCAGCCCUGAUGAACUUAAACGGAUGUCCGUUACUGAAGGGGGUAUUAAAUACCCAGAGACUACAGAGGGAGGACGCCCUAAACUGGGUGGACUCAUGGACCCAAGACAAGGGGUCAUUGAGAGAUCAGGCAGAUGCCAAACAUGUGCAGGUAACAUGACUGAAUGCCCUGGUCAUUUUGGUCACAUUGAGCUGGCCAAGCCAGUCUUUCAUGUUGGCUUCAUCACAAAAAUCAUGAAGGUCCUCCGCUGCGUCUGCUUCUUCUGUUCUAAGCUGCUUGUGGAUGCGAACAAUCCAAAAAUCAAAGACAUUCUGACUAAGUCGAAGGGGCAGCCACGAAAGCGCCUGACCCACGUCUAUGACCUCUGUAAAGGGAAAAACAUCUGUGAGGGUGGAGAGGAGAUGGACAACAAGUUUGGUGUGGAGCAGCAGGAGACUGAAGAAGACAUCACCAAAGAAAAGGGUCACGGAGGUUGUGGCAGGUACCAGCCACGGAUCCGUCGCUCUGGACUGGAGCUGUAUGCUGAGUGGAAGCACGUCAAUGAAGACUCUCAAGAGAAGAAGAUUCUUCUCAGCCCUGAACGCGUGCAUGAGAUCUUCAAACGCAUUUCCGACGAAGAGGACGUAAUCCUGGGAAUGGAGCCCAAAUAUGCCCGCCCAGAGUGGAUGAUUGUCACAGUUUUGCCUGUGCCCCCUUUAUCCGUGAGGCCGGCUGUGGUCAUGCAAGGCUCUGCUAGAAAUCAGGAUGACUUGACGCAUAAGUUGGCUGACAUUGUAAAGAUCAAUAACCAGCUAAGGCGAAAUGAGCAGAGUGGUGCCGCAGCUCACGUUAUAGCAGAGGAUGUCAAGCUGCUUCAGUUUCAUGUGGCCACCAUGGUGGACAAUGAACUUCCAGGUCUACCCAGAGCAAUGCAAAAGUCUGGCCGCCCGCUAAAAUCCAUCAAGCAAAGGCUUAAGGGGAAGGAAGGACGUGUCAGAGGUAAUCUGAUGGGCAAGCGUGUAGACUUUUCUGCCCGAACUGUCAUCACGCCUGACCCCAACCUGCAGAUCGACCAAGUGGGAGUUCCUCGUUCCAUUGCUGCAAACAUGACCUUCCCUGAGAUUGUCACACCCUUUAACAUUGACAGACUUCAAGAGCUUGUGAGGAGAGGUAACAGUCAGUACCCUGGAGCCAAAUAUAUCAUCCGUGAUAACGGGGACAGAAUUGACCUGCGAUUCCACCCAAAACCAAGUGACCUUCACCUUCAGAUAGGAUACAAAGUCGAACGGCACAUGUGUGACGGAGACAUUAUUGUGUUCAACAGACAGCCAACGCUGCACAAAAUGUCUAUGAUGGGCCACAGAGUGCGAAUUUUGCCUUGGUCUACAUUUCGACUUAACCUUAGUGUAACCACCCCAUACAAUGCUGACUUUGACGGUGAUGAGAUGAACUUGCACUUGCCACAGUCUCUGGAGACCCGCGCUGAGAUCCAGGAGCUGGCUAUGGUGCCUCGUAUGAUUGUCACACCACAGUCCAACAGGCCUGUCAUGGGCAUUGUACAGGACACACUCACAGCAGUGCGCAAGUUCACAAAAAGAGAUGUGUUCUUAGAAAGGGGUGAGGUGAUGAACCUCCUGAUGUUUCUUUCCACAUGGGAUGGUAAAAUGCCACAGCCUGCCAUCCUGAAGCCUCGGCCACUCUGGACAGGCAAACAGAUCUUCAGCUUGAUCAUCCCAGGGCACAUUAACGUCAUCCGCACACACAGCACUCAUCCUGAUGAAGAGGAUAGCGGUCCUUAUAAACACAUUUCCCCUGGAGACACCAAGGUAAUUGUGGAGAAUGGGGAGCUGAUCAUGGGGAUCCUGUGUAAGAAAUCUCUCGGAACUUCUGCGGGCUCACUGGUCCAUAUCUCAUACCUUGAGAUGGGCCACGACAUCACACGACUCUUCUAUUCCAACAUCCAGACUGUUGUCAACAACUGGCUUCUUAUUGAGGGUCACUCUAUUGGUAUUGGAGAUUCCAUUGCCGAUAAGGCGACAUAUCAGGACAUUCAAAACACAAUUAAGAAAGCCAAACAAGAUGUGAUAGAGGUCAUUGAGAAAGCCCACAAUAAUGAGUUGGAGCCCACCCCAGGUAACACACUGAGACAGACCUUUGAGAACCAGGUCAACCGUAUUCUGAACGAUGCUCGUGACAAGACUGGAUCCUCUGCCCAGAAAUCACUGUCUGAGUACAACAACUUCAAAUCUAUGGUGGUGGCUGGUUCAAAAGGCUCUAAAAUUAACAUUUCACAGGUUAUUGCUGUGGUAGGGCAGCAGAACGUUGAGGGUAAGCGAAUCCCUUUUGGUUUCAAGCACCGCACUUUGCCUCACUUCAUUAAAGACGACUACGGUCCAGAGAGUAGAGGCUUUGUGGAAAACUCCUAUUUGGCCGGUCUGACACCAACUGAGUUCUUCUUUCACGCCAUGGGAGGAAGAGAGGGUUUGAUCGACACAGCUGUCAAAACUGCUGAGACCGGUUACAUUCAGCGUCGUCUGAUCAAGUCUAUGGAGUCUGUCAUGGUCAAGUAUGAUGCUACAGUCAGAAACUCCAUUAACCAGGUUGUCCAACUCCGAUAUGGAGAGGACGGGCUGGCAGGAGAGGCUGUGGAGUUUCAGAAUAUGGCUACUCUUAAACCAUCCAACAAAGCCUUUGAGAAGAAGUUCAAGUUUGAAUACACCAAUGAGCGAGCUCUCCGCCGCACUCUGCUGGAGGAGGUGGUGAAAGAUGUGAUGACCAAUGCUCACGUCCAGAGUUCACUAGAGAGGGAGUUUGAGAAGAUGAGGGAAGACCGAGAGAUCCUGAGGGCAAUUUUCCCCACAGGAGACAGCAAGGUGGUACUGCCGUGCAAUUUGGCUCGAAUGAUUUGGAAUGCACAGAAGAUUUUCCGGAUCAAUCCUCGAACACCGACUGAUCUAAACCCAGUACGAGUUGUGGAAGGAGUUCAGGAGUUGAGUAAGAAGCUUGUUAUUGUGAAUGGUGAUGACCUGUUAAGCAGGCAGGCACAGGAGAACGCCACUUUACUCUUCAAUAUCCACCUGCGUUCCACCCUUUGCUCCAGACGAAUGACUGAGGAGUUCCGCCUUAGCACAGAGGCUUUCGAUUGGCUCCUGGGAGAAAUCGAGACCAAAUUUAACCAAUCCAUCGCUCAUCCUGGAGAGAUGGUUGGUGCCCUGGCUGCUCAGUCUCUAGGAGAGCCUGCCACUCAGAUGACCCUGAACACAUUCCACUACGCCGGUGUGUCCGCCAAAAACGUCACCCUCGGUGUGCCUCGUCUCAAAGAGUUGAUCAACAUCUCCAAGCGACCCAAGACCCCCUCCCUGACAGUGUUUCUUCUGGGUCAAGCGGCCCGUGAUGCAGAGAGGGCCAAAGAUAUCCUGUGUCGCUUGGAGCACACCACCCUUCGUAAGGUCACAGCCAACACGGCCAUUUAUUACGACCCCAAUCCACAGAACACCGUUGUGUCUGAGGAUCAAGAGUGGGUGAACGUGUACUACGAGAUGCCCGACUUUGACGUGACCCGUAUUUCACCCUGGCUGUUGCGUAUUGAACUUGACCGCAAACACAUGACUGACCGUAAGCUGACCAUGGAGCAGAUUGCUGAGAAGAUCAAUGCUGGUUUUGGUGAUGACCUUAACUGCAUCUUCAAUGAUGACAAUGCUGAGAAGCUGGUGCUGCGAAUCCGCAUCAUGAAUAGUGACGAGAACAAGUUUCAAGAGGAUGAGGAGGUAGUCGAUAAGAUGGAUGAUGAUGUCUUCCUCCGUUGCAUUGAAUCCAACAUGCUGACGGACAUGACUCUGCAAGGCAUUGAGCAGAUCAGCAAGGUGUACAUGCAUCUUCCACAGACAGACAACAAAAAGAAAAUCAUCAUCACAGAAGAUGGUGAGUUUAAAGCCCUGCAGGAGUGGAUUCUGGAAACCGAUGGCGUGAGCCUCAUGAGAGUCCUCAGUGAGAAGGACGUGGACCCUGUCAGGACCACCUCUAAUGACAUUGUGGAGAUUUUCACUGUCCUUGGUAUUGAGGCAGUGCGAAAGGCUCUGGAGAGAGAGUUGUACCAUGUCAUCUCUUUUGAUGGUUCCUAUGUAAACUACCGCCAUCUGGCCUUGCUGUGCGACACAAUGACCUGUAGAGGGCAUCUUAUGGCCAUAACACGUCAUGGCAUCAACAGACAGGAUACUGGACCACUCAUGAAGUGCUCCUUUGAAGAGACGGUCGAUGUGUUGAUGGAAGCGUCAUCUCAUGGUGAAAGUGACCCAAUGAAAGGAGUGUCUGAGAACAUCAUGUUGGGACAGCUUGCUCCUGCAGGCACUGGAUGCUUUGACCUGUUGUUGGAUGCUGAGAAGUGCAAGUAUGGUAUGGAGAUCCCUACCAAUAUCCCUGGCAUCAGUGUUGCAGGACCCACGGGUAUGUUCUUUGGCUCCGCCCCAAGCCCAAUGAGUGGCAUGUCCCCAGCCAUGACUCCUUGGAACACCGGAGCCACUCCUGCAUAUGGUGCUUGGUCACCCAGUGUUGGAAGUGGAAUGACACCUGGGGCAGCAGGAUUCUCUCCCAGUGCUGCAUCUGAUGCCAGUGGUUUCUCACCUGGCUACUCUCCUGCCUGGUCACCCACUCCUGGUUCUCCAGGAUCACCUGGACCAGCCAGCCCUUACAUCCCCUCACCAGGAGCCUUGUCUCCCAAUUACUCUCCAACUUCUCCUGCCUACGAGCCUCGUUCUCCGGGUGGUUACACCCCGCAGAGUCCCGGCUACUCCCCAACUUCACCAUCAUACUCUCCGACUUCUCCAUCUUACUCUCCGACCAGCCCGAACUACAGCCCCACAUCUCCGUCCUAUUCGCCCACAUCACCCUCCUACUCCCCCACGUCUCCGUCUUAUUCGCCCACAUCUCCGAGCUACUCUCCAACGUCACCCUCUUACUCCCCGACUUCGCCAUCGUACUCUCCAACCUCACCAUCGUACUCGCCCACAUCACCCAGUUACAGCCCAACUUCACCAAGCUACAGCCCAACAUCCCCCAGCUACAGUCCCACAUCCCCAUCCUAUUCUCCAACCUCUCCGUCUUAUUCCCCAACCUCUCCGUCCUACUCUCCUACCUCUCCCAGCUACUCCCCAACCUCUCCAUCCUACUCUCCAACAUCUCCAAGCUACAGCCCUACUUCACCUAACUACACGCCCACCUCGCCCAGUUACUCCCCAACUUCUCCAUCGUACAGCCCCACCUCACCCUCCUACUCUCCCACCUCUCCCAAUUACACCCCGACCAGUCCCAACUACUCCCCCACGUCUCCUUCAUACUCCCCCACUUCACCAUCCUACUCUCCCUCUAGUCCACGCUACACCCCGCAGUCUCCCACCUACACCCCAAGUUCACCGUCUUACAGCCCGAGCUCUCCGUCAUAUUCCCCUACGUCUCCAAAAUACACUCCCACCUCUCCUUCCUACAGUCCAAGCUCCCCGGAAUACACCCCAACGUCCCCCAAAUACUCACCCACUUCGCCGAAGUACUCUCCCACUUCACCAAAAUACAGCCCCACCUCUCCGACCUACUCUCCAACUACACCCAAGUACAGUCCCACCUCUCCGACUUACUCACCAACGUCUCCCACCUACACCCCAACCAGCCCCAAAUAUUCCCCCACGUCUCCGACCUACUCUCCAACUUCUCCAAAAUACUCACCGACGUCUCCUACCUACUCUCCAACUAGCCCCAAGGGCUCCACCUACAGCCCCACGUCUCCUGGAUAUAGCCCCACCUCUCCAACUUACAGCCCAGCCAUCAGUCCUGAUGACAGCGAUGAGGAAAAUAACUAAAGAUGGUUGGUGCCGCCAGGAUUUAUCCCACUUACCUGAUUGGCACUCUGACCCUGUGAAAAAGACUGAAGGAAAGCCACUCAGCUGGUGUGGUGGUGACCUACAGGGACGGCUGAGAAACAUGGGCUCCUACAUGUGAAGUUUUUUGUUGUUGUUGUUUUCUCCUUUUGGACUUGGACUGUUCUUAAAUAGCCUCACUAAACAGGCUUAUUUUCAGUGGUUGCAUCCAUAUUGUCACAGGUUUGAACUAUAAGCCCAACAAGGCUGCCUUCAUAAAAAUCGUUUUGGUUGUUGGAGGGAGAUUACCGAGCAGUAACUCAAAAUGAGUGGAAAUAUGCUGUUUUUGGAGCGAAAGAUUCUUCUUAUUCCUCCUUUCCAUCCAUUCAUUUCUAUCUCCUUCUUUUCUUUAAAAGUCAGUGUUGGAUGUAUAGGAAAUCAAAGAUCUUGAAGUAUUGCCAAAAGCCUUCAAACAGAAAACCGUGGAUUGUAUCGAUCUAAAAAGUUUCAGAAUGAAACCUUGAAAAAUCUUUAUAGCUUAAAUAGAAAGGCGAAAACUGACCUUUCGUAUUUUACAGAAACCUAUCUUUCUUUUGUCUAUGUAAAUAAGCGCUUGUUGCCAGUUUUGUUUUUCCCCACGAAUGGAGGUCAGAACUGACAGCUGUUUAAAUGUUAAUGUUAAUUUUUGUCAAAUGGGUUAACUUGCGAAAAAAUGCUACUUCUAAGGAGACCGUAGCGUUUUAAAUUGUGUUAACUCGUACAAAUUAAAAAUGUCUUGUAAUACUGUAGUCUGUAAUGUAUGCCGGCCCGUGAUAUGGGUAAAAGUGUUGUGUAGUAAUUUACCCCUUGGAGAGCAGGAAAGAAUGCACGAUUUGAGGUGUUAUCUUUCCACUCGAUUGUCCCCAAAUCUCUCCAUCCCCAAAAGAUGCAAGCCUUAUCCUUCACCAGCAUCUUCCCAGUAAUUUUCCAUUUCAGUAACUGCAAAAAAGAAGAAAUGUGUAACCAGCAGUCUUGUACCUUUGUGUAUACAGAGGAGUGUGAAUUUGAUUUUACUUUUUCUUAAAUGUGGGGUUGAAAGGAAGGAAGACUCUUACUGCUUUGCGUAGCCUGAAAACAUGUUAAACUUUUUAGGUUCGGAGUCCUUCAACCCUUAAAUUAGGGCAUGUGUAUAUUUUUUCCUGAUUUGAAAUCACUCUUCAAGUUAUUUAAGUAUAAUUGCUAUUCUUUUGUGUGAAUUACUUACUGAGAAAAGCAUUUUUACUGUUUCAUGUGCUGGCUUCGUAGUUGCCCCUAGGGCAGCGUCAAAAUUUGUUUCGUUUUAAAUAUGCAGUUCAUAAUUGGUCAUUUAGGCUUUGGUCACUUGUUGAACUUAAUCCAUCACAUAAAGAAUCAAUUUGUUUCUAGUUUUAAAUCGCUAUUUUGUUAUUUGAUUAAACAGUAGAGGGAGACAGAGACCGAUCUGAUGUGUGAACCAGGAGUCCAAAGUGGCGUUUUGAUAACUUUAUAUUGUUAAAGAAACAGAGCGAGCUCCGUUAACCUCUGCUCCGAGGGGAUGGUUGCAGGUGUUUUGUUUAAACUAAAAAGACUGAUGCGCUUUCAUAUUUCUGCUUUAGUUUUAAGGCCUUAGUUUGCAUUGGAGAGAGCCGUUUUGGCCGUGUCUCUAAUGCCUUUGUUUGCCUUCAGUUUCAUGGAUCUUUAAAUCAAGUCUAGUAAAUACUCUGUACCUGGGCUCCCAGUAUGUAUGUUAGUGCGAGUGUGCAUGAAUGAGGGCAUAAUGGUGAGACAGGGUUUUCUUGAGCUUGACUAAAAACUGGGUAGGGGUUUAUGGGGAGAGGAGAAUUUAAAUUAAGAAAUUGCCACUGUAUAGAAAUCGAUCUGAUUACUUCAUUCUCUGUAUCUAUGUUUUGUUUGUUUUUUUUUUUGACUUGAACAAAUAAAAAGUUUGACUAAA